UUCCGGACGGCUCCAAACGUAGACAAAACAUUUCUACUCACCUUCCUUCGUACGGUGUGGUCAUCGAACAGUUGACGUCCUACAGCAUGACCAGACAACAGGAGUUCAUCUGUGGCCUCUCACACGAGGUGACCAUAGCAGUCCUCCCCAGACUGAACAUGGAGGAACUGAUGUUUGAACUCAACAGAAGGAUUCAAAAUCUGGACAAAGAGAACAGCAUCAAGGACAGGCUGGUCAGUAUCCUAAGGGAUGUAAUGUUGGAGGAAUACCGUCAGUGGGAAAAGUUAGAAGUCAGUCCUGAAGACAAAAGAACCAUCCCGGAACAUGAACAGGAGACAGAAGCCAUGGACAACAAUGUUCCAACUCCGUACACUUGUUCUUCAACCUCUGAAACACCUACCUCCAUUAGGCAGGUGUUACGUGAAGAUACAUAUAACUCAAUGAGUACUUCUUGCAGAGACAAGUCUGCAGAAGAUGGUGGAGCCUGUGAGGAAACACCUCUUUCUUCUUGUCAGCCAACUCCAGACCACACUGAUGUAGGGAAGUGGGAAUGCCGUAUGUCCGAGGAUGAUCAAGCCAGGCACAUUUCUCAGCCGUCUAUCCCUGAUCAUCCGGAACGUAAUACCUACGACAGAAGCAGACUUGAACAACUUGAAGAAGUGAAAAUUGAGGAAACACCCUUGCCUCCUUGUCAAGUGAUUCCAGACAAGGAUUAUGACAACAUGGCGUCCUUUCUUCCCAGCAAUAGCUCGCAAAUCGAUUCCAGAUCCUACUUGUGUGAUGUGUGCGGAUUCAAAACAUUGUACCCUGACAAUCUCUCUAAGCACAUGCAACGGCACACCGGACAAAGGCCUUUCAUGUGUGACGAAUGCGGUUACAGGGCGUACUCCAAUUUCCGACUUGUCGAACACAUGAGAACACACAGCGGUGAGAAACCAUUCCAGUGCGGCAUCUGCGACUACAAGGCGGCAUUUAAAGCUGGAAUAGCCGCUCAUAUGAAAAGGCACAUGGACUUGAACAACGCGGAUGCAGAACCGUUCACCUGUGGAUUAUGUGACUACAGGACGUACCGAAAGCAAGAUAUGAAACGGCACAUGAAACACCACACUGGAGUGAAAACUCACAAGUGUGAGGAAUGUGACUACAGCACAGCUUACAAGCAGGCUCUGGUAAGACACAGAAGACAGCACACUGGAGAGAAACCCUACGUUUGCCAAGUGUGUGGCUUCCAGACAAAUGAUAGUAGCAGUCUCGCCAGGCAUGUGAGACGGAAACAUCAAUGAAAGUACAAUGUACUGUCAGCUACCAGCCAGAAAUGAAAUGCUGUAAACAUUAAUUGCUGAAACUCUUGAAGGACAAACAGUUAUACAAGUCCCUAUGAUUCAGAACAUACUUUGUUACUGAGAAAUAUAUUUUUUUAGUACAAUGCCAAUGAUUUUAUGUGGAACAAAGUUUGAGUAUGUGUAUGUAUCUAAAAUUCAGCACAACAAUAUAGAUAAUACUCUAGUCAGCAAGUUUUUAAUGUCAGUGUCGUUUUCUUCCCAAACAAUCCAGACUAUUAACGUUAUUUGCCAACUAUUCAUAGGUUUUGUAUGUAACGAUAUCAAAUUACAUGUGUAUGUAGUAUAAUGUACCAUCUAAAUGUUAGAAAGAUAAUAAAAUGUCUGUCCUAGUACUUGUUUAGGAAUUUGAACCAUUUGGAUUAAUUGUAAUUUUCAAUGCUCCAAAAGUACGCCAUUUCUUUAUAAACAUAUGCCAUGAUAGCAUCAUAGAUACAACAGAAAUUGGAUCAUUAUUGGAGUUUUCCAAUUAUAUUCCAUUGACACUUUUAUGCCUAUUUUUUUGUCAUUUUUUUGUCCAAAAAAAAUUCGUGAAGUAUUUCUAUCUACUAGUUUUCUUGGCUCUGACCAAGAUGAAGCACGUAGUAAUUAGGUUUUUCUGAUAUUCUAAUUUGUUUUAUGUGGUGCACACAAAAACAUUUUGGUGUACUUAUUUUAGGUUGGGUCCACCUUCUCCCCAAAAUGAUUUUCCAGUGCUGAUAUUUUAUACCCCUUUGGCAAUUUACUUGUCUCAACACAGAUGGCAGUAAGAACCAUCUUAAGUCGUAGGUAUGGUCCAGUCACAAGGGAGGAUCCUUGAGUGCUCAAACAUAUGAGACAAGAUUUAAAAUAAAGACACCGUCAGUUGA